AGUUAAACCUAUUAAACUAUAAAUAAAUGCGGCUUGUGAGCGUAUAUUCCUGUGUGCAGACCGAAUGCAUCGUCUCGGAGCUGCGCUCUAACAAGAAAUCAAAUUUUGAAGUUUAUUUUUAAAGACCGACUAGCGUAAGCUUUUGCCUUGCGUCACAACUCACAAUAUUUACGUUUGUGGAACGCGAUGGUGGGCACGAUGUUCUGAUUGAACGGAAAGGAAUAAAGUCUUUGGGUUUUGGUUUGCUGUGCCUGACUUGUGGAGUUUGUGAUUCUAGCACAACGCAUUAAACAAAAGCGGAAAAUUCGAGUGAAAUAUUUAUCGGUUAUUAAAUUUAACAGUGCGUUUAACUUGAGAUUUAUUAUCGUGAAAUGUAUACAUUAAACGAUGUGGCGUCGAGUGAAUCGAGUGCGGAUAGUGAUGAGUCCAUUGAUGACGAUUACGUUGACCAUUCGUCGUCAUUGCAAUCAACACAGAGUCAAAGCUCAUAUCAAUCAUCGUCACAGAUGCAAAUGAUGGAAACUACGCGUUCUAAACGUUCUAUUAUGUGGUGUGGUGUGGAAGAUGAUGGUCCAUCAACAUCAGCUCCUCCACAAUCAGGCAAUUUGCGUUCUGAUCAACAAGGACAACGUCAAAGAAAACCUUCUUUAGAUCCUUAUGAAGGAGUACCACUAACAGUAUAUGUCAAAGGGGACCAAUUGCAAUUGUUUUGCCGAUCAAAGCAAUUUCUAGGGGUUUAUCCAGAUGGAAAAGUGCGUGGAACAAGCGAUAAAGCUGAUCCUCAUACUCGGUUAGAAAUGAUACCGACAGGAUUUCCAGGACAUGUGGUGAUAAGAGGAUUGUUGACUAAUCUCUAUGUCACUAUGAAUAACAAAGGAAGAUUGAGAUCUCAGCAGGGCAAUCGCGACGCAGAGAUGUCAGUCUUCAUCGAAGGAAAAGUCGGCUUUUAUUUUUACUACCUGUCGCGACAUUUUGCUUUCCGUGGCUGGUAUCUUGGUAUUAAGAAGAGUGGCAAGUUCAAAAAUGGCCAGAAAACAAAACUUAAUCAGAAAGCCGUGCAUUUUCUCAAGCUAUAAUCAUAAAAAGCGACACAUAUUUAUUAUAACUCACAAAACUAAACUGCCAAACUAAAUGUUCAUUAAAAUAUUAUCGAAAAUGUAUUAGAAUUGAGACUAGGAUAUUUAUAUUCAUGUAUUCAGUAUUAUUAAAGUUUAUUUUUAACUGCCA